AUGAGCCGGCCCCCGCCGACGGGGAAAAUGCCCGGCGCCCCCGAGGCCGUGUCGGGGGACGGCGCGGGCGCGAGUCGCCAGAGGAAACUGGAGGCGCUGAUCCGAGACCCUCGCUCGCCCAUCAACGUGGAGAGCUUGCUGGAUGGCUUAAAUUCCUUGGUCCUCGAUUUGGAUUUUCCUGCUUUGAGGAAAAACAAGAAUAUAGACAAUUUCUUAAAUAGAUAUGAGAAAAUUGUAAAAAAGAUCAGAGGUCUACAGAUGAAGGCAGAAGACUAUGAUGUUGUAAAAGUUAUUGGAAGAGGUGCUUUUGGUGAAGUGCAGUUGGUUCGUCAUAAGGCAUCACAGAAGGUUUAUGCUAUGAAGCUUCUUAGUAAGUUUGAAAUGAUAAAAAGAUCAGAUUCUGCUUUUUUCUGGGAGGAAAGAGAUAUUAUGGCCUUUGCCAACAGUCCCUGGGUGGUUCAGCUUUUUUGUGCCUUUCAAGAUGAUAAGUAUCUAUACAUGGUAAUGGAGUACAUGCCUGGUGGAGACCUUGUGAACCUCAUGAGUAACUACGAUGUACCUGAAAAAUGGGCCAAGUUUUAUACUGCCGAAGUUGUUCUUGCUUUGGAUGCCAUACACUCCAUGGGUUUAAUUCACAGAGAUGUGAAGCCUGACAACAUGCUUUUGGAUAAACAUGGACAUCUAAAAUUAGCAGAUUUUGGCACAUGUAUGAAGAUGGAUGAAACAGGCAUGGUGCAUUGUGAUACGGCAGUUGGAACACCUGACUAUAUAUCACCUGAGGUUUUGAAAUCACAAGGGGGUGAUGGUUACUAUGGGCGAGAAUGUGAUUGGUGGUCUGUGGGUGUUUUCCUUUUUGAGAUGCUGGUGGGGGAUACUCCAUUUUAUGCAGAUUCACUUGUAGGAACAUACAGCAAAAUUAUGGAUCAUAAAAACUCGUUAUGUUUCCCUGAAGAUGCAGAAAUUUCUAAACAUGCGAAGAAUCUCAUCUGUGCCUUCUUAACAGAUAGGGAGGUGCGACUUGGGAGAAAUGGGGUGGAAGAAAUCAAACAACAUCCUUUCUUUAAGAAUGAUCAGUGGAAUUGGGAUAACAUAAGAGAGACGGCAGCUCCUGUGGUACCUGAGCUCAGCAGUGACAUAGACAGCAGCAAUUUUGACGACAUUGAGGAUGAUAAAGGAGAUGUGGAAACCUUCCCAAUUCCUAAAGCUUUCGUGGGAAAUCAGCUGCCCUUUAUAGGGUUUACCUAUUAUAGAGAAAAUCUGUUAUUAAGUGACUCUCCAUCUUGUAAAGAAAAUGAUUCAAUACAAAUAAGGAAGAAUGAAGAAAGUCAAGAGAUUCAGAAAAAGCUAUACACAUUAGAAGAACACCUUAGCACUGAGAUACAAGCCAAAGAGGAACUAGAGCAGAAGUGCAAGUCUGUUAAUACUCGCCUGGAGAAAGUAGCAAAGGAGCUAGAAGAAGAGAUUGCCUUAAGGAAAAAUGUGGAAUCAGCAUUAAGACAAUUAGAAAGAGAAAAGGCACUUCUUCAGCACAAAAAUGCAGAAUAUCAGCGGAAGGCUGAUCAUGAAGCAGACAAGAAACGAAAUUUGGAGAAUGAUGUUAACAGCUUAAAAGAUCAACUGGAAGAUUUGAAAAAAAGAAAUCAGAACUCUCAGAUAUCCACUGAGAAAGUGAAUCAACUCCAGAGACAGCUGGAUGAAACCAAUGCUUUGCUGCGAACAGAAUCUGAUACUGCGGCCCGGUUAAGAAAAACCCAGGCAGAAAGUUCAAAACAGAUUCAGCAGCUGGAAUCUAACAAUAGAGAUCUACAAGAUAAAAAUUGCCUGCUGGAAACUGCCAAGUUAAAACUUGAAAAGGAUUUUAUCAAUCUGCAGUCAGUUCUAGAAUCUGAAAGGAGGGACCGAACCCAUGGAUCAGAGAUUAUUAAUGAUUUACAAGGUAGAAUAUCUGGCCUGGAAGAAGAUUUAAAGAAUGGCAAAAUCUUAUUAACCAAAGUAGAGAUGGAGAAGAGACAACUACAGGAGAGAUUUACUGAUUUGGAAAAGGAGAAGAAUAACAUGGAAAUAGAUAUGACAUACCAACUGAAAGUUAUACAGCAGAGCUUAGAACAGGAAGAGGCUGAACAUAAGGCUACAAAAGCACGGCUUGCAGAUAAAAAUAAAAUUUAUGAAUCCAUUGAAGAAGCUAAAUCAGAAGCCAUGAAAGAAAUGGAAAAAAAGCUCUUGGAGGAAAGAACUUUAAAACAGAAAGUAGAGAACUUGUUGCUGGAAGCUGAGAAAAGAUGCUCCAUAUUAGACUGUGACCUCAAACAGUCACAGCAGAAAAUCAAUGAACUCCUCAAACAGAAAGAUGUGCUAAAUGAGGAUGUUAGAAACUUAACAUUAAAAAUAGAGCAGGAAACUCAGAAGCGCUGCCUUACGCAAAAUGACUUGAAGAUGCAAACACAGCAAGUUAACACGCUAAAAAUGUCAGAAAAGCAGUUAAAACAAGAGAACAAUCAUCUCAUGGAAAUGAAAAUGAGCUUGGAAAAACAGAAUGCUGAACUUCGAAAAGAACGUCAAGAUGCGGAUGGGCAAAUGAAAGAGCUCCAAGAUCAGCUGGAAGCAGAGCAGUACUUCUCAACCCUCUAUAAAACACAGGUUAGAGAACUGAAAGAAGAAUGUGAAGAGAAGACCAAGCUUUGUAAGGAAUUACAGCAGAAGAAACAGGAACUGCAGGAUGAAAGAGACUCCUUGGCUGCUCAACUGGAGAUUACCUUGACCAAAGCAGAUUCUGAGCAGCUGGCUCGUUCAAUUGCCGAAGAACAAUAUUCUGACUUGGAAAAAGAGAAGAUCAUGAAAGAGCUGGAGAUCAAAGAGAUGAUGGCCAGACACAAGCAGGAACUCACGGAAAAAGAUACUACAAUCGCAUCCCUUGAAGAAACGAAUAGGACACUAACUAGUGAUGUUGCCAAUCUUGCAAAUGAGAAAGAAGAAUUAAAUAACAAAUUGAAAGAUGCCCAAGAGCAACUAUCAAGAUUGAAAGAUGAAGAGAUAAGUGCAGCAGCUAUUAAAGCGCAGUUUGAGAAGCAGCUGUUAACAGAGAGAACACUCAAAACUCAAGCUGUGAAUAAGUUGGCUGAGAUCAUGAAUCGGAAAGAACCUGUUAAGCGUGGUAAUGACACAGAUAUGCGGAGAAAAGAAAAGGAGAAUAGAAAGCUACAUAUGGAACUUAAAUCUGAACGUGAAAAACUGACCCAGCAGAUGAUCAAGUAUCAGAAAGAACUGAAUGAAAUGCAGGCUCAAAUUGCUGAAGAGAGUCAGAUUCGAAUUGAACUGCAGAUGACACUGGACAGUAAAGACAGUGACAUUGAGCAGCUGCGAUCCCAGCUCCAGGCCUUGCAUAUUGGUCUGGAUAGUUCCAGCAUAGGCAGCGGACCAGGGGAUGCUGAAGCAGAUGAUGGGUUUCCAGUUCAUAUCACUCAGUCACACACUAUGGAAUCCAUGUCAUUCACCUACCAACGUUCCUCUACUUCUCUCAAUAUUGCCACUAAGCCUUCCAGUUCUCAUAUGCUUCUUGACUCUGAUUCUGACUCAGAAGAAGAAUCUGUGCCUUACUUACCUAUUUCGUCGGAACCUAAUGGUACAGAAUCAAGAUUAGAAGGAUGGCUUUCAUUGCCUGUGCGAAACAACACUAAGAAAUUUGGAUGGGUUAAAAAGUACGUGAUUGUAAGCAGUAAGAAGAUCCUUUUUUAUGACAGUGAACAAGAUAAAGAACAAUCUAACCCGUACAUGGUUUUAGAUAUAGACAAGUUAUUUCAUGUUCGACCAGUUACACAGACAGAUGUAUAUAGAGCAGAUGCUAAAGAAAUUCCAAGGAUAUUCCAGAUUCUCUAUGCCAAUGAAGGAGAAAGUAAGAAGGAACAAGAAUUUCCCGUAGAGCCGGUGGGAGAAAAAUCAAAUUGUAUUUGCCACAAGGGACAUGAAUUUAUUCCCACUCUCUACCAUUUCCCAACCAACUGUGAGGCCUGUAUGAAGCCGUUGUGGCACAUGUUUAAACCUCCUCCUGCUUUGGAGUGCCGUCGCUGCCAUAUUAAAUGUCAUAAAGAUCACAUGGAUAAAAAGGAGGAAAUUAUAGCACCCUGCAAAGUGUACUAUGACAUUUCAUCGGCAAAGAAUCUAUUAUUAUUAGCAAAUUCUACAGAAGAGCAGCAAAAGUGGGUUAGUCGGUUAGUGAAAAAGAUACCUAAGAAGCCUCCAGCUCCAGACCCUUUUGCACGGUCAUCUCCUAGGACAUCAAUGAAAAUACAACAAAACCAGUCUAUCAGACGGCCAAGUCGACAGCUUGCCGCAAACAAACCAAGUUCUGGCCCUGCCCUUCGAAUCAUUCUUCAUUGAUUUUUUUUUAAUACAGUUUGCAUAGCAACACUAACUGCCUUCUGUGAAUGCAGUCAUUAGUCAAGGUGAUCAUAUUCUUCCAGCUGAAACAAGACUGAAAUAUGAUGGCCCAAAUUUAUUAAAAAGCUAUAUUUUCUUGAGAGACUGAUAAACACAUACAUAUAUAUGUUUCCUUUAUUCCUGCAAUAUAAAUUAUAAAUCUUGGAUAGAUUUUCUGGGCUCUUUUGGAGCAACAAGUUGAGCCAGCAGUGAUUGGUUAAUCAGAUAAGAACAUCAUGUGCAACUCUUCCAAGUUCGUUCCAUCCAGCUCUCUUGGCAGUCACUCAUACACUACAUUGCAUAAAAGGAUUGAGAAGAGUUAAAGUUUAAAGAAGUCAUCUUUUCAGCUUCAACAGAGAGAUUUCACCAGCACAUUUGCCAGAAGAAUCUGGGAGUGGGUUCCACUACAGUGAUACAGACUGCAUCUUUAAGAAGUGACCAUUGUGUGUGUGUGUGUGUGUGUAUCCGCAUGCAUUCAUGCACACACACACAUAUAUAUAGUACUGUAAUACUGCAAGAGGGUUUUUUUUAACUUCCCACUUUAUUUUUUUAUAAACAUUAAUCCAAUAUCAUUACUUACUGCAGUUGCAACUAUGCACUUGUAUAAAGCCAUAAUGUUGGAGCUCAUAUCACUCAUUUGCGUGUACCUGAUGGAAGCUGCAUGUUUAUGUUUAAGCAAUUACUGUAACACACAGUUUAAAGUUAAUUCUGUCAGUUUCCUAAAGCUUCAUAAUAGGCAACGUUACCCAUUUUGAAUGCCUUAAUUUAAUUUUUUGUUCAAAAUUCCAACUCUUUUCUGUAUUUAAAAAAAAAACAAACAAAAAACAAAAAAAGAACAAGUGUUUACCAGCUGUUAGGAUGCAGAUUUGCUUUGCAGGAGAAAAAUAGUGCACUAUUUUUACACAUAAUAGUUAUCAAUGUCAGCCUAUUUUGAUUGUAUAACAGAUUUUUUUUAAGUAUCGGUGAUAAAAACAAUAAUGGAUAGUGUUGGAACUAAUAUAUCUGUUAUGUAUAAUCUAUUACUCAUCCGACCCUUUUACAGACCUCAGUAUUAGUUUGUGACUAUGAAGCGGUUUCUUUGGUUUUAAUUUGCUGGCUACCCUAGAUGUGUUUUUAUUUCUGGUAAAGACAUUUGUGACUAUUUUUUACAUUUUCACACUCAAGAUUCAAAAAUUAUCUCAAGUACAAAGAAAACUUAAGACAUACUGUACAUAUAUUUUAAAUAUUUAAAUGUGAUCCCUUAAACAGACAGCUGUAUGGCAAUAUUGCAGUAUUGGGUUAAGAAAACUGAUGACUGGGAAAAAGUGGCCUCAAAGGCACUUAACUUGAUUUUUAUUUUUUUAAAUGCUGUUAAAGUUACAAUUUAUGGAGGACUAUUCCUGCUAUAUUUCUCGUUAUCCCAGAAAAGUGUAUGUUUUAUACUACUACAGUAUGCAUCAGUGAGAACCAAGUAAAAAGAAAUUACGUAGUCUUUUAUCAGUCUCUCUUUAUAUAUAUAUACAGAUAGACAGAAUUUGACAUGAUACUGAAAUAUGUCAUCUAACAUUUCAAUGAAGGAGGUAGACAUUUUUCAUUGAUUCCUCCUGGGGUCAGUGUAGAGGUGUUUAAAGUGUUAGAUCCUUAAUUAUAGAUAUUAUUGUGAAAAUUGAAGCGUGGCCUUCGGCUCCUGAUGUACUGAAACUGAAUCUCGUUAUUACAUUAUCCAGUCUGCACUCUUUCAUGCUGUCUGUGCUAAAACUAGAUAUGCAUGCUAUUCCCUUGCAGCUAUGUUCUGGUUUAGGGGCACAGCUUUUUUUUUUUUUUUUUUUUUUUUUUUAAGUAAGAUUAAAAAAUAAAAAAUAUAUAAAAUUUAUAUAGAAUAAAUAUUUCCAUUCAUUAGACUUGUUAAAAGGAGACUGAAUUAAUAUUUUAUAUAAAGAUUUUGUUACACUAUGGGAGGUUCUAUCAUAUUAUUCUGAAUUGGAGAGUAUAUAUAUAUAUAUUUUUAAUAAACUUUAUUAAGGUGAAAUAAUUUGAAGUUUACACAUGAUAAUUGAAAUAUUUGAGUAAAAAUGGCAAAAGUUUAAAUUUUGAAUGCUGUAUAUAUUAGAAUAUAUGGAGAAUCAAGGUGUGAUGCAACUAUACACAAAAAAUUAAUGUGAAGUUUCAAGCGGGGGGGUAAAGCUAUCCUAAGGGGCGGAAAAAAAAUCUCUCCAUGAAGACGCUUCACUUUAUAUGGUUCGACAUAAGAAUUUAUAAAGUUGUUUGUCCGACUAAUGGAACUGUGCUUAUUAAUAAAAAAUCCUGACCUCGGGUAACAGGCCGCCUUGUACCCUGUUGCUGGCUUCAUGUACAUACAUAAGUGCAUGCACCCAUCCAAAUGCUCUCUUCCCAGCAUCCACUAAAUAGGACCUUGACUUGGUGUAACAACCUGAUUUUGUGCCAGCUUCUCUUAAGGCUCCAAGGCUUGCAAGAUAAAUCGAAGACCGAGAGUUGCUUAUUUCCUCACACCUGAUUUCUCCUAGAGCCAUAAAUACCUCCUUUUGAGAACGAAGAAGUAGUGAAGACGGGGAUUUUCUAAGUCUGAUUUUUUUUACUUUUGUGGGAAUAGUGAGACAGAGUAGAAGGAAAACUGGUGCCAGGAUGACUUUGAGAAUUACUGCAUAGUGCAUUUUUGAAAAGAAUGUUUAAAAACUGCUAUCUAGAAGCAAGAUUUAAAAAAAAAAAAAAGCUUAUCUGAAAGUUUAAAAUGCUCUGGAACUAAAGCAUAAGUAUACCAAUAAAUCUAAAAUAAAGGUUAGUGCUUUUAAAACUAAUCUAUGCUAAAGUGACACUGUUCUGGCUCUGAAGGAUCUCCUUUGUACCAGUUUAUCUGUAGAUCCUCAAGAAGAAAUUCUUUAGGUUGCCAAACCACAAUUUAAGAAGUAAUGCUGCUGCUGUUAAUCUAUUCUUAAAGGAUUCGGGUGGUUAAAACAGAGAAACGUAGACACUAUGUUACCUUCUGAAACACACUUUAAAUAUCAUGUUUAAAAGGCCUGAUGAGAGCAAGUCCCUUCUGAGUUUCUUGGUCUGUGUCGACACUGCUCCUGACUCGCCUCUCCUGUCCUGGAAGGAGACUUCAGUGUCCCUGUAUCGUGAAGAGACCGUAGUUGGUUUGUGAAGCACUUUGAAGAUAAGCACUGUGUGACAGUGCUGAAUAUUAUGCUUGGGGGGGCCUCUCCUUGAUUCCCUUCCCCAUAAUAAAGAGUUGUGUUUGGAACUGUAAUAAGUUAUGAACUGCAUGGUUUAGAUAAUCAUAAAUAUUUGAUCAGCUGUCCCCUUGAACAAAAAUCGUACACCCCUGAUUUUUUUUAAAUUUUGUUGCAUCUUUGUAGUAAUGUAAUUGUAUCUUAUGCCUGCUUUUUAUAUUAAAAAAAUAAAAGAAAUUAAGACAUAA